AUGGUCGUUCACGAUGGCUACGAGUACCUCACCGAGGAGGAGAGGCGACUGAAGGAGGACAGGGAGCGAACCAAGUACUGGAAGAAAUGGGGCCCUUAUGAUUACAGUGCUGACGGAGAUGCCUGGAGCCACUUUACACACGACCAUGCACGAUCUCGAGCCUUCAGAUGGGGCGAAGACGGCAUUGCCGGUGUCUCGGAUACACAUGGAUACCAGAACAUUGCCUUUUCUUUCUGGAACGAAGAAGAUCCCUUUCUGAAGGAGCGUCUCUUCGGUCUGUCCAAUCCGCAAGGAAACCACGGAGAAAGCAUCAAGGAGGCCCAUUUCCAUCUUGACAACACUCCUCACUCGUACAUGAAAUUUCUCUACAAAUAUCCCCAGAAGGCUUUUCCCUACGAGGACCUUCUCAAGGAGAAUGCACGAAGAACCAGACAGGACAAGGAAUACCAGCUCCUUGACACCGGGAUCUUUGACGACGAUCGAUACUGGGACAUCUUCAUCGAAACCGCCAAAGAGGCCGACGAUCCAGAUGAGCUCCUCUUCCGUGUGACCGCCUGGAACCGAGGCCCUGACCCGGCCCCUCUCCACAUCGUUCCCCACGUAUGGUUCCGAAACACCUGGAGCUGGGGCAGAGAGCCGGAGGACAAGAAGCCUUCGAUUGCGGCCCAUACCGAAGACUCGGCCAAAUCCAAGCACUGGAAGCUGGGAGAGCGAUACUUCCUUCUCUCUCCCUCUCCCGGCGUUGGCACGUCGGGACAGGAUGUCUUCCCCCAGCUCAUGUUUACGGAAAAUGACACCAACACGGAGCUCCUCUAUGAACAGCCCAAUGCACAACCCUACGUCAAGGAUGCCUUCCACAGGUACAUCGUUGGCGGAGAAAAGGGCGCCAUCAACCCUGCUCAGACAGGCACCAAAUGCGCAGCCUGGUACAACUUCAAUGAAGACGGCGGCGUCAACCCUGGUGAAUGUGCCGUUGUUCGCUUCCGGUUCACAAAACGGAACGAGUCGUAUGUAGAUGAAGAAGAGUUUGAUGAAAUUAUCGAAAAGCGCAGAGAAGAGGCGGAUGAGUUCUAUUACAGAAUCAGUCCGCUUCCUCUUGCCGACGAUUUGCGCAACAUCCAGCGGCAAGCUUUCUCCGGCAUGAUGUGGACAAAGCAGCACUACUACUUUGUCUGGGAUCACUGGGCAAAGGGAGAUCCCGGCCACCCUCCGCCGCCCCCAGAGCGGAUGGGGAUCCGAAACUCACAAUGGAAGCAUAUGUAUUGCGACGACAUUCUGUCUAUGCCCGAUUCCUGGGAGUAUCCGUUCUUCGCGGCCUGGGACAGUGCAUUCCACUGCAUUCCCCUGGCAAUGAUUGACCCCGACUUUGCCAAGAAGCAGCUUGAUCUGUUCACCAGGGAGUGGUACUGCCACCCCAAUGGCCAACUGCCCGCUUAUGAAUGGAACUUUGGCGACGUCAACCCUCCGGUCCAUGCGUGGGCUACUUUCAGAACCUUCAAGAUUGAACGAAAGCUAUACGGACGUCAGGAUAUUGAUUUCCUUGAGCGAGUUUUUCAAAAGCUUCUGUUGAACUUCACCUGGUGGGUGAAUCGCAAGGACGCCGAGGGCAAAAACAUCUUCGAAGGUGGCUUUCUGGGCCUCGACAACAUUGGUCUGUUCAACCGCUCUGAGCCGUUGCCCACGGGAGGCGUCCUUGAGCAGGCUGACAGCACUGGCUGGAUGGCUUUCUACUGCCUGUGCAUGCUCAACAUUGCUCUCGAGCUGGCCAAGCAUCGCCGCAUCUACGAGGAUAUUGCUUCCAAGUUCUUUGAGCACUUUAUCUUCAUCAGCGAUGCCAUGACCUUCCGGACCGGACAGAAGGACGAAGCGUCUCUUUGGAACGAGGAGGACGGCUUCUACUAUGAUGCCAUCUCAUGGGGAGGCCCGUGGCUGCAGCAGCUCCCUGUGAGGUCACUGGUCGGCCUCAUCCCCCUUUACGCAACCGCGACUCUCGAGCCGGAGCUCAUCAACAAGCUGCCCUCAUUCAAGAAGAGAGUUGAGUGGUUUGUCCAGAACCGAUGUGACUUGGCUGAGAGAAACAUGGCCAGCAUCAGGAAGAGGGGUAAGGGCGACCGUAUCCUCUUGUCAAUCGUCAGCAAGGAGAGGCUGGAGAAGAUUCUCAAGAGGAUGCUGGACGAGGAUGAGUUCUUCAGUGACCACGGUAUCCGCUCGCUGUCCAAGUAUCAUAAGGAGCACCCCUACUCCAUGGAGGUCAAGGGCCAGGAGUUCAAGGUCGGCUACGUGCCAGGAGACUCCGAUACUGGGCUUUUUGGCGGCAACAGCAACUGGAGAGGGCCAAUCUGGCUUUGCGUCAACUUUUUGCUCAUCGAAUCGCUGCAGCGAUUCUACCUCUUCUACGGGCCCGAGUUCAAGGUCGAAUGUCCCACCGGGAGCGGCAUCUACAUGCAUUUGGGCAAGGUUUCGGAGGAGAUUCAGCACCGACUGCAGCAUCUCUUUGCGCGAGAUGAAUUUGGCAGGCGUAGCAUCAACGCUGGCGAUGAUCGCCUCGACUAUGAUGAGAACUGGAAGGACUACCUCUGGUUCUACGAGUUCUUUGAUGGCGACACUGGUAGGGGCCUUGGUGCCACUCACCAGACUGGAUGGACUGGCCUCAUUGCUCGUCUGAUUCAUGACACAGGUGUCAACUGCCGUCUGCCACAGACCCCUCGGACGCCAUCUGUUGGCAUGGCGCACUACUUUGAUGACAUCUUCCAGAGGCACAUUGACAAGGGAGUUCCUCACCAAGGUCCCAGGCGCCACUUCAGGCGGUCAUCGACGGCUCGUUCCAUCUCAGCCAGAAGCGACUUUGACUCCUCCGUCAACGGAGCAGACGACGACGCCCGCUCCGUCGCCAACUCUGUGCACCCUGAUGACCCGGAGAGAGUCAAGGAGAAGGAGGAAGCUGACAACCACAUGCACCGCUACAUUUCCGACCAGCUCGAGCGGUUCAAGGAAGGAAACGGGGAGGAGAUUUAUGAGGGAGAUGAAGUUGAGACUAGGGCUUAG